AUGGGCAAUGCCCGUGGUUACGGAUGGGUUCCGAUAGAUCAACAACACUCGCUGUUGUGGGUGCCGUGCAAUUCCGGCGAUCCGUUGCCUAGAGGAGCCGUACACGCGGGCACGGAUAAGGGCGGCGACCCGUUGUAUGCGGGUCGAGCUUUUUACGAAGGUGACUUACUGCCAGCGAAAAUAAAUCCKAGUCAUUCGUCGGCAUACGUGUGCUGGGGAGGCAUGGAGCACGCUUUGAGCCACUUCGAGGUCAGAUCAAUUACUGUUAAUUUUAUAACCGUUUAAAACGAGUGUUGAAAA